AUGGAACCGCCACUAAGCAAGUCCACCAUCAGAACUAGACUCCUGGAAAGAGACUUCAGUGAACGAACGCAAGAAUCAGAUAUUAUGUUGUUUGCAAGUCAGAGGAAGAAAGCAUCUGUUCUUGUGCCUUUGAUACUGUGUCAAAAUGGAGAUCUUGAGGUACUUCUUACAAAGAGGGCAGCCCACCUUCGGGCUGAUGCUGGUGAUGUCGCAUUUCCGGGUGGAAAGCGGGAUGACGAGGAUGCAGAUGACACUGCAACGGCGCUACGCGAGUCCUGGGAGGAGAUCGGUCUUCAUCCUUCGGACGUCGAGGUGGUGUCCCAGCUUCCACCAAUGACAUCUCGGCAUGGCUACUUUAUCACACCAGUUGCAGGAUUAGUUCCUGAGACGUUUGAACCUGACAUCAACCCCAAUGAAGUAGAGGAUGUCUUCCGUGUACCCCUUGUCGAUUUCCUCUUGUGUGAUAACCACAAGUCUCAAAGAACCUUGAGUAAAGGACGAUUUGCUUGGCUUCACUACUUUGAACACGUUAUCAAUGGCAAGAGAUUUAUUACUUGGGGUUUGACAGCGUAUCUAUGUAUUUCUGCUGCUUGUACUGUAUACCAAAGAGCUCCAGACUUUGAAAUGGAACCAGGCUUUGAUCAUGAAAAUUUAGCUCAGGGAUUUAUAGACCUCAUGGCAAGGGAGAAUAAAGAAGAGGCACUUUCAGCUGAUGGAAGCAAAUUAUAAACUAUAAAUUGUCGACAACCUGACUAAUAAACAGGUGUUUUUAGAAUAUAGGUCGAUUGUGUGAAGCAGCUGAAAAAAAUCUUUUGAAUUAUAAUUGUCUUUGCUUUUGAACAGUGAUGUCUCUCUGAAUCAUACAAUUUUUUUCAAAAUGUUUAAGUAAUUUUGAAGUCCCCUAGGCCUAGUAGACUCUACAUGCAACUGUGUCCACUAAUGUCCAAGUUAAACUUUCUGUUGCUUUUGAAUGGGAUGACGCUUUAUUCAAAGUAAUAAUUGGCAUAACUUGACUUUUACAUGUAGUAGCAACUUGCAAAUAAACAAAGAUGGCCCAUCAAGGCCCUUCCUAUACAUUGAUCUGAUUUGAUACUAUCAUGAUUUACCUUUGUCAGACAAGGUUUGGAAAAGGUACACUUAAAUUUAAAAUACAUCAAAAUCAAAUACAGUGAUUACAUGUGUUGUACAUUAUAUAUGUAUGAUGGUUUGGGGACUGUUUGGGGUUUUGUUUUUGAAACUCAUCUUUGAAUAUUUACUUUGUUGGUGUAACUUUAAUACAAUUAGCUCUAUUUGAACAAGUAUUGUUUACAGAGCAAUUUAAACAAUGCAUUGCAAUGAAAGAUUAAUAUGUUCAUGGGACAAGGCAAAACGUAAUAAACCUAGGUUGCAAUAAGAAGCAUUAUUAUUUGAUUUGGUGACAGGACAAAAACCGAGGUGAAAUAGUGACCCUUGGGUGAGACUUGUAGUCAAGUGUGUACUCUAAUGCAGGCAAUACAUUAUGCACUGUGCAUGUUGAUGCCCAUUUCUCAUAGUUGAGUAGAGCUUGUACAGUGUGGUCUUGACUUGGAAAGCAAAUAGAACUUUGACCAAACUGAUGAAGUCAAGUGCUGUACUAUAAGUGCAAUCAAGGAAAACUCAAGGGGGCCAAGCCAAAGGGCAAUUUGGCUAAAAAUCUAAUCUUUUCGACUUUGUGUUUUGUAACCUAGUCUAUUUUCAUUUGGAAUCCAAUUUCAUACAAAGUGGAAUUUUGAGUGGAUAUGAACAAAAUGGCCUCAUUAUAGGAAAUAUGAGAUUCCCUGAUAUGUAGAGUAUGAACCAGUCUAAGGAAAUGUGGGUAAACGAUUUACUUUUCUCAUGAGGUUAUGUAUUUUGGACUUUUCAAUUUGUACUAACUACUGGUCUAUGAUUCAAUUAUAAUAAAAAUAUGUCCAUUUAUAUAGCGCAUUUACAAUGUGCAUAUACUCAACUGCGCUUUGAUACUUGGUAUCAUAUUAUUACCCCGGCCGUAGCUGAGCCGCCAUAUUAAUAGGCGCUCAAGCGUUCAAGGAAUACAUCGUACCGGGUACCCAUUCACCUCGCCUGGGUCGAGUGCAACACAGUUACAGACCUUUUACCAAAGCUUAAUUCUACUUUUUUUUUAUUGGUACCCAAUUAAAUGAACUGCUUUAAGCCAUACAAAUAUUUUCUUAUAAUGAUCGGAGUGGCAACAUUCAGUUUAGGGGGAUUUCCUGAAACUAAGAAAAUGGUUUAACAUUAAGUUGGGAUCCUGUUUUAGAAAACUUGAAAAAUCAAUAAGGUAUUACUUAGCUAUUUAUAUGACAAAUCUAUAGUCUAGAUCAAGCUAAUGCCAAGAAAUUAAGAACAUUGUUAUUAUACCUGGUGGGUGUAAAUGUUUCAUAAAGCUGUUCGUAAGAUAAGACGACUUUAAGAACGACUGGUGAACCUUUCUUACGCUCUAAAUAAUUACCAAUGGUGAAUAUCAUUUACCACAAGAAAGGAUCACCAGUCGUUCUUAAAGUCGCUCUUAACUUACUAAGAUCUUUAUGAAACACCCACCAUGGUCAGCGAUGUGUACUAUGCAGAGUCACACGUAACGCCGGUUGGUGAUGGUUAAAAGAAACCACAUCUCAUAAUAAAUUGAUCUCAUUAAUAGUGAAAUGCAUCACUUUGAGUUUGAUGUUUUUUAGAUUUUUUUGUUCGCACUUUGAGAAGGAAAUGUGAUUGCUCUCAAUCAAAAUUGACUACAAAGAAUUACGAUUGAUCCAAUCAAUCUCAACUGUAUUGAAAUCCAUCCAUACCAUAUUUUUUUCUACAUGAAAAUUUGCACAAUCUCCUUAGUAAACAAAGAGAAUCACACUGAAUCUUCAAGAGAAUAAUGAAUGUGUGAAUAUACAUCAUUUCUAGAAAAUAUUUUGAAGAAACAUGCAUUUUAGAUUUUGAUGUUGCUGGCCGUCCAUAGUUGAGAUUGGUCAGAUCAAACGCAACUCUUUGUAAUUGUGAGACCCCUUAACUUAUCAGACUGAAAAAAAUGUUAAAGUUUUUCAACUUGAUGUUUUUAUGUACUUCAAAAUUUUUGAUAAUGUACAGGUACAGCCUCUA